AUGGGGGUCCAGGAGGAGCAGCAGCAGGGGCUCACUGUGACUACCAGGCUCCGGGAGGGAGACCAGACCGGGCCGACGCGCCUGGUGGACCUGUUGCGUCCGGUCCUCCUGCUCCUCACUACUGAUCCCUCCUGCUCCUCCUGCUGCUCCUCCUGCUCCUCACUGAUCCCACCUGCGCCUCCUGCUCUCCUCCUGCUCCUCACUUAUCCUCCUGCUCCUCACUGCUCCUGCUGCUCCUCCUGCUCCUCACUUAUCCUCCUGCUCCUCACUGAUCCUCCUGCUCCUCCUGCUGCUCCUCCCUCCUCCUCACUUAUCCUCCUGCUCCUCACUGAUCCUCCUGCUUCCUCCUCCUGCUCCUCCUGCCCCUCACUGAUCCUCCUCGCUCCUCCUGCUGCUCCUCCUGCUGCUCCUCCUGCCCUCACUUAUCCUCCUUCUCCUCCUGCUGCUCCUCCUGCUCCGGUCACUUUAUCUCCGCUCCUCCUGCUCCUCACUGAUCCUCCAGCCCCUCACUGA